ACUGUGGUUGGCUCUGCAGGGAAGGACUGCGCCUGUGACUAUACCGCGUGCCCCCAGUAUUUUAUGGAUGUACACUGAACCUUGUUUUCAACAUCUGAAAAAAAAAUGUUUGGACUUGGAGAAACCAGAUCUCCGGAUGCUCCACCAUAACAUCAACAUGGCUACACUGUCGUACCAAUCAUUCCAGGAGCCACAGAUGAGUCUUCCCAUGCCCUGGAGCAUCUCUGAACAGACACAACCCACCUCUGUGUUUUGCAUCGCUUGCGAGCAUAAGUUUCCAGACAAAACGUCAUUGGAGGACCAUGCAUGCCCAGCGGUCAGUUUCAUUUGCUCCUGUGGGAUGGGGUACACUGAUUAUGCUCAGAUGCUCCUCCAUCGAAAUACCCACAGUGAUACAACAGCUCUCCAGUCAGAUCACGUCAGCAUUAUGAAGAAAAGAAAUCAAGGUGCACGGCUAGGGGAGAUGAAGCUUCGGAUGCUUAAAAGUAUAGAUCGGGAACUGCAGCAUGCACAGAAGCGCAAUUUGUUAAUGCCCUUUACAGCACAGAUGAAGUACGCACCACCUGUCAUUCCUGCCUUAAAUCUCCUUGCCCCUCCCACAUUAUCUGCAGCACCUACUAUGAUUGGACUCCCUCCUCCUGUGUCUUCUUCAUACGCUCCCUAUCGGCGUAAAUCCUACUCUUCGAAAAACAUGCCCUCCACAGCUCGUCCAAUGCCAACUGCAGCUCCAGGCGUUCCACAGUCAUGUGCCACAGGGAACCUCACUCGGCAGUUUCAACCAGUUGUGCUUCUUCGGACCAAGCAGUUGUUCCAUGCCGGGGGCCCCUAUAUGUGCGCAACCUGCAGGGUCAUUUUCUGGGCCAAGAAAUUGCUGGUGGAGCAUAUUGUUUCUCAUUCAUUAACACACAUUCAUGGUUGCUGGCGCUGUGGACUGCUGCUGCUCGGUAAUACUCCUCUCCCUUCCCGCCAUUCAUGCGGUGCAUAUUACGCAAGCAACAGAGACCGAUUCACAAUAGGUCAUUUUGUUUGUGAUGUUUCCACUGAUCAAAAACAGUUGUCUGUAUCGCGGUGUCCACAUUGUCCGGCAGCCUUUUACCAACCCUGGCAUUUGCAACGACAUGUAAGAAGCAGGCACAUGGACAAAGACGUGUUCAACGUGUUUUUCCCCCAGAUUGAGAUGGAUAAAGGAAAAACUCAGAUAAAAGCACAACAAGCUUUGGCACCAGUGAGCUAUGGGCAGGCGAUCAGAAUGUCACAACAACAGCCUGUAAGAAAAAUUACUGAAAUGCCAGGAUGGAACCUGAUGAACGGAAUGGUGAAGCACACAACGGGCCAGCCUGAUAGGAAGAUUCUACAACAAACAAUAGCCAGUAUGCUGAUGACGGGGAGAAAUGUGGCCGAGACAGGAGCACUGAAGGUGGCAGAGACAAGGGUAGAAGACUUGAAGCAACAAGGGACAAAGGCGGUGGGAAUUGUGCCUGAAGAACAGACACUGAAUCAGAUGAGUUGCGCUAUGUGUGGCAAGAAUGUCAAAACUAUCCAGUUGCUUGGGCAGCACUGGUGCAAUAGAAAACUGACAUUGUUGAGGCAGGAUGAACUGCAGAGUAUGCCUCUCAAGUGCACAGGUGCGUACAGAGGUUCGCUUGGUAGGUCAUCCCCUUACCCUUUGGUGGGAAGAGACUCUGACGGGAUGGUGACACUCCGCCUACAGACUUCCCAUGAUACAGAGACAUGUGAACCGAUACUUAAGAAUAUUAAAGCAGAGCCUAUUGAAUUGAGUUGUACUGCUUUGAUGAAGUCUGUUGCUGUGCAAACUAAAGCAGAAUAUGAUGAUGGGAGUUAUGAUGCAGCAAUACAUUCUAGUACAGCUAGUUCCUGCCCCAACAGAAGUUUGACUGUUGAGGAACAGUUAGAUUCAAAAGAUAAUUUGGUGAAGACAAUUUGUGAAGUGUAAUGAAUCAAAAACAUUGAGUUUCUGAUCCAUGAUGAGGGGAAAAUACCUCAAAUGGAACAUUGUAUGCCAUUGUAUUAAGUAGGAAAGGGCUGUAAAGUGGGUCAUAUCCAUGGUAGAAUAUCAGCUACUGUAUGACAAGAUUGCACUGCUUUUUGCCACACAUUGUCAGUCUGAUAUUUAUACACCAGGAUCAUCUUUUGGUGAAAUGUGUAACUUAUUGGUGCAUUAGAAAACAAGUUUUGCACAGUUGCAAAAGUGUACACGAUGCACAGUUUUAUUUUUAUUAUUAUUGUGAACAUGAAUGGACCCCUCUCAAUUUUUGAACGAAACAUUGCUUCAAAUUGCAAUAGUCUGUUUCUAACUAAAUAAAGUUAUUGAAUUGUA